GUGAAUAAGGUUGAAUGUCGUUAAAUUUUCCAGAAUUUCCAGAUGAUUCUGCACUAGGUACAAACUUCAAAUACAGAAGAUUUAUUCAAUUAGCACUCCACGGGGAGAUGGAAUUGGGGAACACAGAUAUCUCUUACCCAUAUACGAUAGAUGUCCUCAAAGAAGGCUACAGCAUUGUACAGGAAGGUGGUUCAACCUCAAAUGCAUGUGGCACAAUCACGCUUGUUAAAGGACCUCACAAUAUAAUUGUGGACACUGGUCUUCCACAGGACAAAUCACUUAUACUUCAAGGACUCGCGAGGCAUGAACUAACAGCAGAUGAUGUACAUUAUGUAGUUUGUACACAUGGACAUAGUGACCAUGUAGGGAACCUCAACUUAUUUCCUAAUGCUACCUUCAUAGUGGGACAUGAUAUAAGCAAAGGGGAUGAAUAUCAGUUACAUGAUUUCAAACAGGGAAUCCCAUAUGAAAUAGAUGCCUAUGUUGAGGUAAUACCCACCCCAGGUCACACCCGUGGUGAUGUCAGUGUUGUUGUCUAUAGAACUUGCUAUGGCACAGUAGUAAUUGCAGGUGAUACAUUUGAAAAAUUUGAAGAUCUGGAGGACUCCGACAUUUGGCAAAAUAAUAGUGAAUUACCAGAAGACCAAGAACAAAGCAGGAUUGAAGUAUUUAAACUUGCAGACUAUAUUAUACCAGGACACGGCCCAAUGUUCAAAGUCCCAGAUGAGUUUAAACAUGAAGUAAAAAUAGUAAGGACACCAACAGAAUAGCUGCAAUAUGAACUUCAGUCACAGUGGACUACAGAGCUAGUUGGUAAUUCAGCAUGUUCAAAGGGACUGUAAAUUAAGUUAAUUUGGCACUUUUUAUUUAGCGUUUUCCACAUUUUUUUUUCUUUUUGAUUUGAGCAGUUUUUGAGAAAGUUGUUUCAAAUACUAAAUUGUGAUAAUGUACAUUGGCAAUUAUACAUUGGUUAUUGUACAUUGGAUAUUGUAUAUUAUUUGUCAAUAGAAAAUGUAAAUGAGGAUAAUGUAUAAAUGCAAGGAAUAACAAAAUUAAUUUGGGUCCAAAGAGAAUAUUUGCAUUUAAAAAGUUGCUUUUAAUGUGGAAGAUACAUGAAGAUCAUGUUUAUCUUAUGGAGUACCUCAAAGGUCUAUUUUAGGACCUGUGUUAUAUACAGGGUGUCAAAUAAAUGUUCCCCCUCUUGAUUUCAAAAUUAUGAACUUUUGAGCAUUAAAGUACAUCAAAUUGAGCUAGUCAUCUGAAACUUCUUGUGGAGUUGCUCCAUGAAGCCUUAUUUUAAUGUGCAAAAGAGCAAUUUAGAUAUCGUACAGAUUGUGUAGAUGUUAAAACUAAUGGGGAAGAACAUAUUUAUUUGACACCUUGUAUAAUGUAG